AUGGCCAACGUCGAGGGCGUCUUCAACCCCUCAACCAAUGGGCUAUCCAAGCCGACGACGAACAGAGAAAAGGGCUCCUCCUGCUGGCCAGAGGGGCCCUCCUCGGCCAGCGAAGUAGGAUACCAGGCGGACUUCUACGACCAAUACCUCGAUUUUGACGACUGCUCCGACGUGGAGUCUCUGUUGGGCGCAGCAGGCGAAAGGCUGGAAAGGUCAGGAGGAGGAGAGGGAAGAGGAGGUGGCGCUCUCGGGCUCUUCGGUGUCUCGCCCGCCGUCUCCUCCUCGCCACAGUUGUCACAUUCGCAGGCCAAUGGAUUGACAUUGACUGGGACGGCUGCGCUAGCUGCAUCGUCUGCGCCUGCGAGCCAGGGAGAGUCUGUUCAUGGCAACAGUUCGGCGAGUUCAUCUUCUCAACUCAGAAAGCAACACCCUUCCACCCUCCAUCGCGCAACAUCAGACACAACGGAUUACCCUCACAUGCCUGCUGGCAUCGCCGCUACCGCUGCUACUGCCGCCCCGAAGAUAGCUGUCGACGAUGUGCCCUGCCCCAGCGGCGUCUUUGACACACCCACCGGCACGGGGUCCAUCUCCGACUCAGAGCUGCUCAACCUGGAGGGCCUGACCAUGCGCUCGCCGCGGCUGAACAUCACUCACCACCAGCUGCCUGUGUCGGCGUCUGAGCCGGCUUCCCCUCUUUUAUCGUCGACCGCUAGUCCUCUGAAAACCCGCUUUGGCGCUCUGCAUAUCAAGAUUAAGGAGAAGGCUGCUGCGACGCUGCAGACAAAGAGCAAGCAGAGUGAAUCAGAGCAGGUCGCUGUCUCCGUCUCUGUUUCUCAGGCGACGCUCACUAACCCGACUCUAUCUAUGGCUCAAAUAGAGGGUGUCAAACCCCGGCUGAGGACAGAAAGCCUUGAUUUCUCGAACCAACGACUCCAAUCGGCUUCCCUGAUCGGCAUAGAGACAACUCAACAACCACCUUCGAACCUGCCACCCGUCAUCAGCCCCAGCUCGGAGGAGGCAAUCCUCAACUCCCUCCUCGACAACGACCCCUUCCUCCAGAACCCUCCGCUUCCCGACGUCUCUAUGUCCUCUGUCCACCUGACCAACGGCUCAAUGACCCAAACUCCGAUGCAGACACCCUUGCCGGAUCCCAUACAGUCCUGGGACCUGCCUCUUACCCUGCCAGAUGACAAGGCUCUCUGGACAACGGCAGCAGAAGCGGGGUCUAUGCCAUACUUCGAUAACCUCCCCAUUGCGGCCGACCCUACGACUACGGUAGGGACGGCAGCCUGGUGCGAUCCAACAACUUCGUUUCCGGACUUGGACGUCGCGAUGGACACCGAUUCUUUGCCUAUUACUACCUCUUCACUCGCGUGCCAGACUUCAACCAACGCUCAAGAUACAGCGCUCAGUGUUUCUCUGUUCCUCAGCCAACCACAGCAACCCCAAACAACAUUUGACUACCCCUCUCCCCCUAUUACGACGGAUGAGACCAUCCCAACCUUCUCCACUACAAAUUCAAUGCUCCACAUGCCUCAACCCCAUUCCAUUCUCCCUGCAGCAGCAUUACGAGCAGGUGCGGCUCACAACUGGCUAAGUCAUCGUCCCAAACCAAAGGCUCCAUCUUCUGGAGCGAGACACCACCAUCAUUUCUACAAUCCGCUGAGCAUGUCCCUAAGAAAAACGAGGAGUGUGCCUGCGCCGUCAGGGUCGGGGUCACAUUCUCCGAAGGGACAUUUUCGUACUUUGUCCAAGACGGGGGCGUUCUUCAUGCCGGGGGGGAGCGCGGUGCAUAGGAGGAGUUCCUCCCUCCAAGGCCUAACUCUCGGCGGCAGCAGACAGGGGUUGUCAAGUUCUCUACCUGCAGUGGGCGAGAGUCCUCUAUUAACUGGUGCCGGGCCCGGGGCGAUUACGAAAAGGAAGAGUUGGACGGGCCGAAGGGCGGGUAGCUCGGCUUCACUACACUGCCAAUACCACGCCCAUGCGCUAGCAGCAGCCAUCGACGCAGUCCUGUCUCCCCUUCCAUCCAGCGCCCUGCCCCUUUCAACCCCAAUAACCGGCUCCAGCUCCAGCCCCAGCAAGCGUCGUCUAACCUCCCACCUCUCCUCCCCAAACAACCCUCCAACUUCUUCAACCAGCGGCGGGAAAAAACCAGCCCCUACCCCAACAGACGGAUUUGUGAACUACACGCCGCAAGACCGGAACCUUCUCAUGACGGGUGUCGCACCGUCGGGUAGCUCCAAAACUAAGGCACGUAGGGAAAGAGAGGCAGCGGAGCGGCAACGCGAGUUCCGCGAUAAGCUGACCAAGAUGGUUCAGGCGGCGGGAGGCGAUGUGUCGAAGUUGGGGUUAGAGAAGUUGGGCAUUGAGUUGGGGCUGGGGCCUAUUGAAGUUGGGGAGGGGAAGGAAAGAAGGAGGGAGAGAGUGGAAGGAGAAGGACAAAGUUGA